UUAAUAUUCCAACGCGGUAAUUUACUAAUUUCUCGUUCAAAACUCCAUUCUCUCCAAACGAUUUAAUUUUUUUAAUUUGUAAGAAUAUACAAGAUAUUUCUUUAUGAAACUAUGUCUUACGACGUUACAGUUAAUUUGAACGGCACUUCUUUUGGCGUUCGUUUUAAACCGUCGUGGAGUAUAGCUCGCCUCAAAGCCGAAAUAGCGCGAAAGAGAAAUGUCAGUGCUGUAGGAUUAAAAAUCAUCUUUGCUGGUCAGGAAUUACCGGACACCAUGACUCUUGGAGUAAGUGAGAUAAUUAUAGCAUUGUUAAACGUUUAUUUAAGUUCAUAUGUGAUAUUAAUGCUAGUUUAUUUACUGUCAAUAUUUGUAUUAAAUGCUGUUUUGAUAAUGAGUUUAGUACUUUCGUUUUCAAAAGCUCGAGUUGGCCCUUCUGACAGUUCUGUUAUAUUAAUAUUUAUGUGUUGCACAAAUAUGUUCUUGGGAAAUUUCCUCGUCAGUUGUAUCUCUUGGGUGCAAAUUUAUAUAUAAUAGGGCCAUUUAUACAAGAGAAAAUUAGUUGCAGCUUAAAUAAAUCACAAACUAUUUGUAUAAAUGGUCAACAAGUUUACAAGCUGUGAUUAAAUUACCCUGGGGUUGAAAGCUUGGCCCACAGUAAAUAAAUCCUUCACGGCUAAUUUAGGCUGUCGUUUAUUUAGGCCGUCGUUUAUUUAGGCCGUGGCAUAUUUUUGUGUCUAGAUGGCCGGAAUGACCAGUUUCCAGUAACCUUUUUUCCUUCGGUCAAUUUUUCUGAAAUUUUGUGUUUUAAUUAAAAGUACUAUAGUCAUUGUACGAUUCGUAUUCUGGCAUAUUAAAAUGAGUGCUGGCGCCAUAAUGGGUUGUUCCAGAAAAGAUCCAUACUCCCCCCACAGAGGAAAUUUCUGCCGUCUGGAGGGGGAGGGGAGAAAAAAUUGUUUCUGAUAAUAGUAAAUGUAUUAGGGCAUCCAAAGGGGGGAGGGGGGUUAACUUCCUAUUUCCUCUGUGGGGGUGGUAUGGAUGUUUUCUGGAAUGACCCAAUUCAUUGCUGUUUUGUUAAAAAGACAUUUCAAAUGUGGCCAGCUUACACUUGUUUACUCAAUGACAUAUGCCAGAAAACGAAUUGUUCAUGAUUAAUAGCAGCAUGUAAACGUAGCUUUAAGCUGCAGAGUCUCGGGCAUUAGACAAGUAAAAUAAAAUAAGUAGGCUGCACUGGGGACAAAACUAGAGACAUCAAAUGUUACACGGUGGGAUUCGAACCUACAACCUUUGUAAUGAUCUGCCAACUGAGCUAGUAGCGAUCAGGUCAGUUUGAGUAUGUGAUAUCUCGGAACCGAGUCUAGUUCCUUCGAUAUCAAUGCAAUCUUGUAAUCAUGAUUUUUUUUGUGUUGGUGUAGUGUACUCAGGUGAAUAUGAUGCUAGUAAUUAGGGAUGAGCUGAUAAGGAAAAUUGCUGAUUACUGAGGCUGAUUAUUUAUAAGCCGAUUAUCGUAAUUAAUCGGUACCCUCCGAUUAUAUUAAAAAGCAAGCGAAAAAUCACAAGAUGACCAACAAUGAAGUUGUAAAUGCGGUUUUAUUGUUUACAAUACACAUUAUGUGCAAUUGAAAACAGCUUCAAUCUUGCAUGUCAAUAGUCAAAGUUGAGUUUUGGCAGAUUAUGGUGUAAAAACAGGAUAUUGUCAGCUAUGCGGAGCUAGUCUGCUGUGUUUUUCAGUGGAAAUGUUCCCAGCUUCACUUCGCUUGAGACAAAAGAUACAGGUUUUGCAACAAAAUGUGAAAAUCUAUUCGCUUGUAUUCAGUAUUUUAGCAUAUGCUUGGCAGCCGAUUAUCAAGCAAUAAUCGGCCGAUUACCGAUUAUUUAAAAAACGGCCGAUUAAUCAGCUUUGCCGAUUAUUUACCCAUUAAUCGGUUCAUCCCUACUGGUAAUGUUACUCUGCACCAACACAGAAAAAAUCACGACAUUAAAUAGGUUUAGCAAAGAUGACGCUACGUCAAAGACAACGUGAAAAUGGCGUGGGAGCGCAUCCAUAGAUGGGCAUAUCAUGCCAUUUUAAUGCCAUUGUCAUGUCGUCUUUGACGUUGUGUCGUCUUUGCUAAACAUCUCUAUUAUCAGAUUUUUUGGUGAACCCAUUAAUCUGCAGAGCUUUCCCAUUGACGAGUAAAAUUGUCUGGCGUUAGACAGAGUAAAAUAAUAAAGUAGGGCUCAUUGCCACGUAAUGGGGUAUAAUAUUGUAGUGUAUUUUCAGAACUGUCAGAUGAAUCACAGUGUAAUUCAUGCAGUUAUCUCUCUUGAUGCAACAUACGACGGAAACAAGACUGCGACACAGGCUGCCAACUUGACCAACGUCACUCUGACACAAGACGACGCUGAAGAUGGUGGCUCGCCACAAUCAGGUACUCAAUACUAUGGUACUUUGCUCACAAGCCUGACAAGAUUGAGAGUAGUCAAUGACAUUGCAUUAAGUGAAGCAAAUUCUCGUUUAGGGAGACAAAGUUAUUUUUAUGUGUACUGUAAAACUUGCAAGAGACUAACGCAAGGAAAAUUACGAUGCAGAUGUUCAAGUUGCAAAGAAGGCAGCUUCGUUCUAACACAGGUAACCAUGUAUAUUAAACCAGUCAAUGUCUGAAAUUUGCCUCAAUAUCAACAUGAUACCCUGGCUGUAGAUUAACCAAAGUGUGAAUGACUUUCAUCCCAAUUGAUACCACAAAACAUGGCUGCAAAAGUUCAUGAGCAAUGCCUCCAUUGUAUAAGGAAUGUGUGCCCCGAUACUUCAAAACUUACUUAGUCGACUCAGGAAUUCUGGAGUAACAAGCCAACUCGUAGGCUUGGUAUUUAAGCUCGUAGUUGUGUUUGGUGAGAUUUCAAAUUACUGUAGCAAGAACUACGAUCCUGGAAAAAACCCUUCGGACACUGUUUCUUCAUGGCCUGAUGACUAUUAUAUAGAUUAUGGAUGUUUUCAUCCACAAAAUAUUUGUAUAGUUCCCCCCCCCCUGGUAUUAUGUUGCUGUCUCAACUUGUUACGGACAGCUUGUAUUGCAUGGUCUUGUUGGAACAACUUGUAGCAAGUCUGUUACCGUCAUCAACCUUGUAACAAGGUGAUAACAACUUGUUCCAGACUUGUCACAACAACUGGGAACAAGCAGUGCGAACACAUCUUGAAAUCGCCUUCACAACAACCUUGAUACAACUUGUUUUCAGAUCUGGAACAAAUUGCAUUUCUACAUGUGUAGAAGGAUAAUCUACAACUCCAAGAGUUUGUAUUGCUUGUGCAGCAUAGAGCAACCCAGCUCUAGUCAAAGAUUUACAAUCACAAGGCAUGUUACAAAAUAACUAACCAGCUUCCUCCACAGGCCAUUCAAAAAUAUAGGGUGGCGAAAAUUUGUGGAAAUUACACAAGCCUUUGUCUGAGAUUUUAAAUUUUAACCUGCGAACUGGCAUACUCAUUACGGGCUGUAUGGCCUGCGGAGGAGGUAGACUAACCGGUUCUAGUUUAUCUAGGGUCCAAAUUGCUGGGAGGAUGUUUUGACAAAAGCAAGAAUGCCAGGACGAUGUGAGUCUAGCGGCAACUGUCAAUGUACAACAGCAGUAAGUAAUGUUUAUAAUAAUUUAUUGGAAAAUAAUUUUUUGCCCAGUUUACUUUGAGAGUGCUGUCUUGUUAUCAUGGUUGAUUUCUCUACUUGCACGUGACUGCAAAAUUUGAAUAGAAUCUCAUUUGCAUUCUAUCGUUCUUAAGGAAUUUUAUUUCAAAUGUGGGGAACAUCGCGAUAGUGAUGAGCAAGCGCCGUUAUCGAUGUUGAAAUCAAAUAUCAGAAAUAUUCCAUGCAUCACCUGUAGCUCAGAAACAGCGUAAGUUGUUUU